AUGGCGGAAACCGAAUUCCACAACCGGAACCUAACCUCACGAUGCGAGCACGAGCCGCUGGAUAUGUGCAAGACAUGUGUCGCCACCACAAUAGAGACACAAUCCCAAGUCAAGAUCUUCGAUGACAUCAAUUGCCCUGUUCCAGACUGUGGCCUGCAGCUCAACGAGGAAGAGGUGCAGGAGUUUGCGACCGCUGAGUUCUACGAACUCUACCGACGGCAGGCCCGCAACAGGCGGUUGAGUCGCGAUCCCAACUUUUGGGAGUGUCUGAACAAAAACUGCCGAUACGGGGACAUCUACGAGAGCACUGAAGGCGGCAAGAUCACUUGCAUUGAGUGUGGGCAAUUCUAUUGCUUGACGCAUCGCAUCAAAUGGCACGAGAAUAGCACCUGCGAAAAUUACGAUUUGUCUCUCGAUGACUUCUCCAAGGCCAACGAGGCAUCUGAGUCACUCAUAAUGAAUAACACCAAGGCAUGCCCAAAAUGCAAGGUGCAGAUUGAGAAAAUUGAUGGGUGUGAGCAUAUGAUCUACAGUUGUAAGCAUGAGUUCUGCUACAUCUGCUUUGCAGUCUGGACUUAUAUCGUGUCCCACAACGGUCGUGGACACGACGAGAAUUGCAGUCUGUAUCUGAGACACGGUGGCAUGGUCCUCCACCACCAAGACGACCGAGAACUCGAGUUUCUUCAGGACUUUGUCCGGGAUCGUGAAGACCGAGUACGACGUAGAGAGGAGGAGCGUGUCAUAACUAGAGCAAUAAUCGCACAGAGGGAGCAAUCCGAUCCAAACUUCGAUGUGAUCGCUCUGGAUACCGACUCUGAGAAUGAGGAGGGAGACUCGAACUCCGGCGAAUCAUCAGACUCCGACAGCGAUUCAUCGGGUAAUAUUAAGAUGAGGGAACGUCUAAGACCAGAAAAUCAGAGAGAGCUGUAG